UCACGAAAAGCACUUGAAUAUAGCCAACUCUUACGUAUAUCGUUGUAAUUUCCCUUGAAUAUUUAUGCUGUUUUAACCUUGUUCUGGCUUGGGGAAUGGAGAAGUGCUGUAAUGAGUGCUGUAAAAUACGGUUCACAGUAUAUAAUCACGGACGUUACAACAGUAAAGUUUAUUGGACAGUGGAUAAUUGCAGGUAUUGGAGGGUGUAUCCAUGUCUUUGAAACUCAGUCUGGUAAAUUUAUCACCAGGGAAAAGAUUUUUGAAGGACAGAGGGUCCAUAAUAUUUUUGCUGGUAGAAACCAGAAUAUAGCAGUCAUUGGAGGAAAGAUGGUCCGAAUAUUUAAGCUUGAAAGGGAAGGUAAUUUUGUACUUUCUACAUAUGCAUCGUGGGCUGCAGACGACUGGAUUCAGUACUUACAUUGGCUUGACUGUGGAAACAUUGCCAUCGUUACUGCACACAAUGUUGUCUCUCUGUGGAACAGCAGAACAGGAGAGAAAGAGAGAGAGAUAUUCUGUGAAGUGAAUUGCAUUUUAUAUUGUGCCUUGCUUGAUGGAUUAUCAUGGAGUGACCUUGUUGUAUUUACUGGUACUGUGUUUCAACAAAUUUUGAUAUGGGCUCCUGCAAGUGUGGAGGAAGACACAGUGAAUAGCCCUGUUCUUCAUACUUUGAAAGGCCAUGAUGGGGUGAUAUUCUCUGUGUCAUAUGAUCCUGACUCUAAUUAUAUUUGCUCAACAUCUGAUGAUCGCAGUGUGAGGUUAUGGUCUGUAGAUUUACAGCUAUCUGAUGACUGUAAUCGUGUAACCCAAUGGAAAGAGGCAACAAUUACUUUGCUACACACUAUGUAUGGCCAUACUGCUCGGGUUUGGAGGAACAUCAUAAUAGACAAUGUAAUCAUCAGUGUUGGUGAAGAUUCAUGUCUGUGUGUAUGGCGUACUGAUGGUUCCCUGCAGAAAUACUGGAAGACUCACCAGGGCGCAAAUGUCUGGAGUGUGGACUGCAGUAAGGAGAAAAAUUUAAUAGUUACUGGUGGAGGAGAUGGAGGAAUCAGCUUGUGGCCACUUCAUACAGAAAGUGCAGUUCCAAAUUUUCUGACAUUCAGUGGAAACUUAUUUACUCAAGAUUUCUGCAGUAUGAAAGGGCAGAAUGGAAACUUUCCUCGAAGAAUUGGAUUGACAAGCAAGGAUAAUGUUGUUGCUAUAACAGACAGUGGAUGUUUGCUAUAUUGCACAGUAGUGGGCAGAGGACAAGGAAACUGGAAACUCAUGCACCAGGAUGAAAAAUUGGCAAGCUAUUGCCUUCUGGAAAUGUCUCCUUGCAGACAAUAUGUGGCACUUGCAUCUAUGGAUGGCCAUAUCCUUAUUUUUAAAGACUGUUCAUCUGUACAUGGGAAAGGCCUGAUUCUUAAUGUUGAAGAAAAGGCAGUAGUAGGAAGAAUUUUCUCUCUUCACUGGCUGUCAUCAGAUAACCUUUUGAGUUGUGGCCCUAAUGGUAUAUUGGAAAUGUGGAAGCUAGGCCAUCCACAAUGGUUACAAAAGAUGAAUGAGUUUGAACUGCCAAAAAGCAAGGAACGGUGGAUUUCAGCAGCUGCUUUGAGGGAAAAUUUUCUUGUUUGUGGUGACAGAAAUGGUAGUAUUCAUCUGUUUAAAAUAGUUGACAACCAGACCAACAGUAUUCAGUGUCCGUCUCAAAGCUUUUAUAAAAUCCAUGGUCGUCUAGGAGUGAGCUCAUUGAUUUGGUAUGGGAACUGUUUAUAUUCAACCGGACGUGAUGGAACUGUGCGGCGAUAUCUCAUGUUGGAGAAUGAGGGCAGAUUAGAAUGUCUGAAUGCAGACAAACUGCCGAUGGAGUGGCCUGCAACUACUAGCUUGUCAGCCUUUGGACUCUUAGUUCUUGGCUUCAGAGCAGCUAAUUUUGUGAUAUGGAGUCAUGUGGAACGAAGAAAUGUGUUGACUAUACCAUGUGGAGGUGGGCAUCGUUCUUGGGAUUGGACGUUGGAAGGACAUACAUUCAGAUUUAUUUAUGUGAAGGAUAAGAUGGUCCACAUGUACACAUGUAUGAUGAAUGAGAUCAUAAAACCAGCUUUGCAGAGCGGAUUCCAUUCAAAGCAAAUUAGCUGCAUUAGGCAAAUCCCAUUGCUGAAGGAUGAAACAGGCAACAGUCACAAUUUGCUUUUAUCGGCAAGUGAAGAUACAACAGUCCGAUUGUCAGUUAUCAGUAAUUCCAAUGUUCUGCACACCGUCACUGUACUGCAGAGUCAUAUUUCAAGUGUGCGUGCUUUAGCUGUUUAUCAGAUGCGUGAUAGUGUCCUGGUUUUUUCUGGUGGCGGAAGGGCACAACUGAAAGUAUGGAAGCUUGUCAUACAGUCAGCGCAAGGAUCAGUACCCCAGGUGAAAUGCCAAGAAUUAAGUUCCCACAUGUUGAAGGACAGCAGUAAAAAAAACAAGAAACCAUGGCUUUCAGUAGAACGAACUGUGGACCCUGAAACUCGAUACAUGGAUCUAUGUGCUGUAGUCCUACAAUGUCAAGAUCCUGAUAAGACAGAAAGAGUUGUUCUUCUAGCUGCAGGGUGUUCAGAUGGGUUUCUCAGGAUAUUUGGUUUUGAUACAUUUUAUAAUGAGCUGAGACUUGUUGGUAAACAUUCCUUUCAUAACCGUUGCAUCUUAAAAGUGUCUCUUAUACAGACAGAAAGCUUCAGGCAUGUAGCUGUUACAAUGGCCACUGAUGGGAUAGUGGCUCUAUGGGACUUAAGUCCUUGUGUUGAAGAGCUUCUGUGUUCAAAACAUUCCGACAUCAGUUGUGCAGCCUCAGGAAGCAAAAAUGAUAACAUACGAGUAGUUUUGGACAACCUUAAACCAUUCUCAUGUGUUAAAGUACAUCAAUCAGGAAUCAAUAGCUUUGACUGGCUAUUGCUAAAAGGAGACAAAUUUUUGCUUGCAACUGGAGGUGAUGAUAGAGCCUUGGUUCUAAGUUUAAUUCAAAUAAAGUCACCAACAUGUCAAGAAAACAUGCAAGCUGAAGUUUUGCUGCAGUGGAGAGAUGACUGUGCCCAUGCUUCACAAAUAACUGGGCUGAAACUAGGAGACAGUGUGGUGGUAAGUACAGCAGUAGAUCAACGCAUAACGCUAUGGAACUGGAGCUCUGAUACAGGUGGUCACACUUUGUCUGCCUCUGUUAAGGCGAGGUACUGCAGUACCGUAGCAGACAUUCAGGGACUUGUGACAUGGAAUUCAAGGUAUAACUGCAUAUAUUACUUGUCAUAACCUCAGAAUGUGUGUCAUGUCUGUCAACAUGAAUUUUUGGGAAACUGGGGUUGAAGGUAUGAAGCCACAUGCACUUCAGAUGUGACUUAGAACAAAAUGCAUUCAGAAAUCUCAUACUUUGAUAUAAAGUAAACCUUGGGUGGAAGUAUGUGGAGAUUAUCUUCAUUUCAGGCAUCCUGUUGUGUUACAAUAUAUAAAUUUAUUUUUCCGUCACAACACAACAACUAAGGAGU